AGAUGGUAGAGAAACGCACUGUGUAAACUGUAUGUUGGCGCUUAGCGAUAUUCAAACAGUAUCCAAACAGAGUUUCUAGAAACCGCAAGCUUUGUGCUAUUAACAAAUUAUGCGACGAACAUUAUUACCAAGAACAACUUAAUUCAAGUUUAUAAAAAAAAAUACUGAAUCGGAUAAGUGAAAAAUUAGAAAAUCGAUAAUUGCACUAAUAACUGUUGUCUUUAUAUAACGAGACGUAUUCAAAUAGUUCAGGCUGCAUUUCCAAUUAGAUCACUUGAACCGAAGUUGUAAGUACCUAACUCAAAAACUGGUGCAGCACAAGUGGCGUUCAGGCGGUAAAAAUGAAAAUCAAGACCGAACAAGGAAAACGGCACAAAAUGGUUAAGGAGACAGGUUUCUACGACAUUUUAAACGUUAAACCGGGUUGCUCUCAAGAUGAUUUGAAAAAAGCUUACAGAAAACUAGCUUUGAAAUAUCAUCCGGAUAAAAAUCCGAAUGAGGGUGAGAAGUUCAAGCAAAUUUCAAUGGCGUACGAGGUACUAUCGGAUCCGGAAAAGAAAGCUAUCUACGAUGAAGGUGGUGAGGCGGCCAUAAAGAAAGGUGGAGCAGGUGGUGGUGGUGGUUUCCACAGCCCAAUGGAUAUCUUCGAGAUGUUUUUCAAUGGGGGUUUCAGUGGACGAAGCAAACGAGAACGGCGCGGCAAGGAUUUGGUUCACCAGUUGUCGGUUACAUUGGAGGAGUUGUACUCGGGCACGACCCGGAAAUUAGCUUUACAAAAGAACGUUAUCUGUGAUAAGUGUGAGGGUAUUGGCGGCAAAAAAGGAUCAGUACAGAAGUGUAGCCCUUGUCGUGGCUCUGGUGUUGUGACCAAGAUCCAGCAGAUAGCUCCAGGAUUUGUGCAGCAGUUUGAGGAAGCAUGCCGUACUUGCCGUGGGAUAGGCGAAAUAAUCGAUGAGAAGGACAAAUGUAAAACAUGCAAUGGACGAAAGACAGUGCGAGAUCGUAAAAUUCUUGAGGUUAAUGUAGAAAAAGGUAUGCGCGAUGGUCAGAAAAUUGUGUUCUCAGGUGAAGGUGAUCAAGACCCUGAACUGCAACCCGGCGACAUUGUGAUAGUAUUGGAUGAAAAAGAACAUCCUGUUUUUAAACGUUCUGGGCAAGAUCUUAUUAUGCACAUGCAGCUACAAUUAGUUGAAGCGCUCUGCGGUUUCCAAAAAAUUAUUAGGACUCUGGAUGACCGAAAUCUGGCGAUUACUUCUUAUCCAGGAGAAGUAGUAAAAAAUGAGGCAAUUAAAUUCAUUGCUGGCGAAGGAAUGCCACAAUACAAGGAUCCAUUCGAGAAAGGGCGACUUAUUAUUCAGUUCUUCGUCGUAUUUCCUGAAUCAAUGCCUAUCGAUAUGAUACCCGCUCUAGAGCAAUGCCUACCAGGAAGGCCAGUAGUGAAAAUUCCUGCUAACGCAGAAGAAUGUAGCUUGGUGGAAUUGGACCCAGAAAGCGAUCGUCGAAAUUAUGGCUACAAGAAUGCUUACGACGAGGACGAAGAUCAUCAUCACGGCCCCGGGGUGCGAGUGCAGCAGUGUGCUUCCAGCUAAAUAUGCUCUCGCUAGAGAACAAAUAUCACCGUGUAUGGAAAAAGCACGAAAGAGUAGAUGAUGGUCGUAAACGUGUGCGCGCAUUAGAUGCUAAAUUAGAAACAUAGUUUUUUUCUUAACCAAAUCGCCGAAAACUCAUCACAUGCAGCAACAAUUCUCCCCACGUUUUUCAACAGAUUGGAAUACCAUGUAGAAGAUAGAGAAUGUUUUGUAUCAUUUUUACAUCUGAAUUGGUUUGACGCGGAUAAAUAAAUUGAAUUUAUUACAGUUGAAAAGCGGAAAUCAAUUUUUGUACAAUGUUUUCGUCGUUCAUUCCAAAUGAGCUUCGCAAAUUGAAUUCAUUACCUGUAAAUCUACAAUUAUGACAUAUUAAACGAAGCGAAUUUUAGCCUUUGUACUAUCAUAUUUCAAUACAAAUGUUUUCAUUUUACAAUAUUUCUUUCCUGCUACGUAUCAAAUUACUCAAUUUAACAAUGGAACCAAGUGAACCUAUGUUGAAAAUUUUCAAUUCAUGCUUAUGUUAUACAAAUAGUUCCCAACCAUGAGCAACGAUCGGAAAAUAGUGAACGUAAUAUGAUUGUACAUGAUAAGCAGUGUAAUCAACAAAAUUAAAAAAAUACAACUACUAGCUAAAGGCAUAUUUAAUGGAAAAACACCUUAUACCAUAAAAGUAUGGAACGAGUAAAUACUAUUUCAAAUGUUCCACCCUCAUUUGAACAGGAGCUAACGACAGAAAUAAUAUAUUUUAUGAUUGUCCACUUCCGUA